CUUCCGGCUACUUCCGCUUCAGACCGAUCCUUUGAAAAUAACCGGACCUUAUUAAAAUAGAUUUGGAUAAAUUGCAAAAGAACACACCAAGGUUUAAAAUAUUUGCUUGGAAUUAUCUGAAAUUACGAAGGGCAUGGAGAAGAAAGUUUUGAUCACAGGAGCCUCGGGCUUGCUUGGUAGAGCAAUCUACAGACUGUUUGAAGAAGACCCUACUUGGGAGGCCUUAGGUCUUGCAUUCUCUCGAGCCAAGGGAAAACUGUGCAAGGUUGAUCUCACAGAUCCCCAGGCCUUAGAGAAAGUGGUGGAUGAAUUUAAACCAAGUUUCAUCAUCCACUCUGCUGCUGAAAGAAGACCAGACAUGGUAGAGAAACAGGAGGAACAAACCAAGAACUUGAAUGUGAUGGCGACAAAGAAUCUUUGCCAGGCUGCAGUGAAGAACAAUGCCUGGCUCCUUUACAUGAGCACUGAUUAUGUGUUUGAUGGGAAGUCGCCUCCCUACUCUGUUGACGCAAAACCCAACCCACUUAACAAGUAUGGACAGAGUAAGCUGGAUGGAGAAAAAGUUGUGUUGGAAUGUAAUAAAGAUUUUGGAAUUCUCCGUGUGCCAAUUCUGUAUGGAGAGCUAGAGUUCAUAAAAGAAAGUGCAGUCACAGAAUUAUUCACAAAGUUAACUGACACAAGCAAGUCAUUUGUUGUAUCAGACUAUGAGCAAAGACACCCUACACAUACCAGAGAUGUGGCCAAAGUAAUUCGGCAGAUGCUAGAAAAGAAACUGGAGGGGCAAGCACUAUCAGGUGUUUUCCAUUGGAGCGGGAAUGAGAAAAUGACAAAGUAUGGCAUGAUAUGUACCAUGGCCAGUGUGUUUAACUUGCCCCACAGUCACAUCCAGGGGGAUAACCAGCCUACAGCAGGGGCCCCUAGACCCUAUGAUGCAGAACUGGACUCGAGUAGACUUCAGUCCCUGAAUAUUGGCAGCUAUACGUUGUUUGGUAAAGGAGUACAUGAAUGCUUAGAGCCAUUUUAUAAGCAGGGUACUUAAUGAGUGAUCGUCAAAGAUGUAACUGAGAAUCAAAAGUUGUAUAUUGAAUAUUGGAUUGGGUAUAAUAAUUUUAUGAAAUGUACAAAUGGUUGUUUUUUAAACUUAAAAAUGAUUAUAUAUAUUUUAAUAAAUGACAUAAAAAAAUUUAAGUGAAUCAUGGGAAUUGAUAAUAUGUUAGGUAACUCUAAAAUGUUAAAGUUUACAGGGGUAU